CGCCCGCAGCGGAUGAAAACAAACAGCGGCGAUGGCGACGGCGAUGGCGGUGGCGCGGCACAGCCCGCGGCUCUGAGGGCAGCGGCAGCCCCGGCCCGGCCCCCGCCGCCAGCCGCGCACCCCCGCCGGCGCUGACACUCGCGGCGAGACCCCCGGGCCGGGAACGAGGAGGAGGAGGGACGCCGGCCGGAGCCCCGGAGCGACUUCGGGGCUUGAAGGCGGCGGUCGCGGCCCCGGGGCCGCGGGGCUCUCCCCGUGCCCGGUCGGGGCGCGGAGGAGGCGCCGGGGCGCGGCGGCGGAGCGGGCCCCGCGCGGGAUGAGCCGCCGCGCCGCCAGCAUUGCCGGCCCCGCGCAGGAAACCUUGCCUGAUACUUUCUGCUCCACUUUGGACUCUGGUGGGUUAACUGUUGCUGGCAUUUGGAGCUUGAGAGAAAGCUGGAAGAAGACUUCAUUCCCAGACCUGUGCUAUAUUUCAGAUUGCCAUAUGCAAUGGACACUGAUCUCAGUUCCCAGGACAGGAAGGACCUGGACAAGUUCAUCAAAUUUUUUGCUUUAAAGACAGUACAAGUAAUUGUCCAGGCCCGACUUGGAGAGAAAAUCUGUACCCGCUCCUCAUCCUCCCCAACAGGUUCUGACUGGUUCAAUUUGGCAAUCAAAGAUAUACCAGAGGUUACUCAUGAAGCAAAGAAAGCCCUGGCAGGACAGCUGCCCGCUGUUGGACGGUCUAUGUGUGUGGAGAUUUCUCUCAAAACCUCAGAGGGAGACUCCAUGGAGCUGGAAAUUUGGUGUCUCGAAAUGAAUGAAAAGUGUGACAAAGAAAUCAAAGUUUCAUACACUGUAUACAACAGGCUGUCUCUACUGCUGAAGUCUUUGCUUGCUAUAACCAGAGUAACUCCAGCCUACAGGCUCUCUAGGAAACAAGGCCAUGAAUAUGUAAUAUUGUACAGGAUUUAUUUUGGUGAAGUCCAGCUGAGUGGCUUGGGAGAAGGUUUCCAGACAGUCCGUGUUGGGACAGUGGGUACCCCAGUGGGCACCAUCACUUUGUCUUGUGCCUACAGAAUCAACCUUGCUUUCAUGUCAACCAGGCAGUUUGAGAGGACCCCUCCUAUCAUGGGGAUUAUAAUUGAUCACUUUGUGGACCGUCCCUAUCCCAGCUCUUCACCCAUGCAUCCCUGCAAUUACAGAGCUGGUGAGGACAAUGGUGCAGUAUACCCCUCAGUAGAAGAUUCCCAAGAAGUGUGUACCACAUCUUUUUCCACCUCUCCUCCAUCUCAGUGUGUUUUUACUGUCACAAAGGCACAUUUUCAGACACCUCCUCCUGUGGUGACGGACACCUUGAAGGUCCCAGUGAUGGGGCUGGCCUUUUCACAUCAACUUUCCAGCUCUCGUCUUUCCUAUCAGCCUGCUGCCCUGGGAGUUGGAUCAGCUGACAUGGGGUAUCCUGUACUCUUUGCUGGUGGCUUGAAUGCUGCACACCCUCACCAGUUGAUUGGUCCAGGCAAAGAAGGGGGAGUUCCCCCAGUUCCUAGCCAGCCAGCACAUGGCACUCAAGCUGACCAAGAGAGGAUGUGCACCCCACUGGAUGGAGUCCAUUACUCAGCAGCUACUCCUUCUAGCAGUGAGGACACAGAAACAGUAUCCAAUAGCAGUGAAGGAAAGUGUGGCUCCCCACAUGACCUUUUGGAGACCAUCUUUAUCCGGAAGGUGGGAGCUUUUGUCAACAAACCCAUUAACCAGGUGACCAUGGCCAACUUAGACAUUCCUUUUGCCAUGUUUGCUCCCAAGAAUGUUGAGCUGGAAGAUAACGACCCCAUGGUCAAUCCUCCUGAAUCCCCAGAAACGGAAUCUCCUCUACAAGGCAGCUUACACUCGGAGGGCUCCAGUGGCAGCAGCACAGGGAACACCCAUGAUGACUUUGUUAUGAUCGACUUUAAACCAGCAUUUUCAAAAGAUGACAUUCUUCCAAUGGACCUGGGGACAUUUUACCGUGAAUUUCAGAACCCCCCUCAACUCAGCAGCCUCUCCAUUGACAUUGGAGCACAGUCCAUGGCAGAGGAUUUGAACAGAGACCCUGCCCAAAGGGAGACCAUCACUAAUAUAUUCCAAGACUCAUUACCAGAGAAGCUGGCAGUCCACGAGAAAAACGUCAAAGAAUUUGAUGCUUUUGUGGAAACCUUGCAGUGAAGCUGUUUCCCAGUUCUGCUGCAGCAAUUCUUCCUCCUCAAGGCAUCCUGGAGAUGACAUCAAUAUCUCUAUCGCCCCAGCUCUGCCUUUUGUUCACAUUGACUAGUUCCUUCCAUCAAGUGAGCUUUCUUUUCUCUCUUCAAUGACAGAUACAGCUCAUCUGCUGAUUCUCCUCAACUUUUCCACCACAUAGUUCUGGACUGCUUUUCCUGCUCACAGUCAGUUUUAAGACUUCAGUAGGGACACAGGAAGUCAAACUCCAGUGUAUGGAAACCUACUUUCUCUUCAGUCUGUGUCUGUAUGGAGGGGCUUUGUGGAAAGUUGUCAUAUGCUUCCUCCAAGGGUCCUAUGGUGUAAGUUCCCUAGGUAGAGCUUCUUGCUAACAGACUUUUUCCUGCAGUCUCUGAUCCUGUUAGAGCAUAGAAAGCUUUGGCUUAUUUCCACAGGGUCUGUGAGUUCAGCAAAUUCAACUGUUUGAAGUCCAGGACAUCCAUUCCACAGAACUGGGCAUUUCAUCCUGACUUCAGAGUACGUGCUUGGAGCACAGGGAGAGACAUCAGCUUUGGGACCUGCAUAAUCCAAGUUACCUUUUUUUCCUGCUUCUAAGGAAUUGGGUCUCUACACAGUGCAAGGCCCUGUGUUAGGUGGCUGAUAAGCAGGAGUGAAACUACAGGAAUAUUUUCCUCAUGUCCUUCCCAAGUGCACUGACAUUCGGCCAUGCUGGGUUAAAGAGUGUUGACUGUUGGCAAGCCUGCACAUAGCAGCUGUGAUGAUGCUGAAUUCAUAGUCUCUGCUUCUGAAACAUAACUGUAAAUACUAGGAAUCCUAUUUCUUUAGGGUUAUGUAACUAGGAGUCUUAGUCCAAGAUUUUUUCCUCUAAUCCUUGCAAGCCUUCCUGCUUUAUGGUUAAUAGAUGAUCUUAAUAAUUAAAAAAUAUUUAUUGCUUUUAAAGAAACCUAUAUUUAAAAGAUGUUCUGUUUUCAUGUUAUAGUGCGGGUCAUUCUGUCCUGAUCACUGCAGAGAGCAAGUGUGCCAUGGAACCCUAGCCAGUGAGGCUAGUCUCUCUUUGCAGGAAAAUAUCCAAGAUAUUUAUUUUCUAAGACAGACUUGAUUAAUAUUGUACUCUGUUUUGGGGACUAUGUGUCCAUUACAUCCAGUCAGGGCUCACUGAUAGAAUGAAAUGCACACAUCAGUGGAAUGGAGUGGCAGGGACUUGGUAAAAAGCUGUUUUCUGAUAGGUAUGGAUGAAUUUGUAGUGUUCUUUGGCCAUUCAGAAGGCAGCUUCUUUAAAGAAGCACAUUUUUUUGGGAAGCUUAUGGUACUUUUUAAUCAGCUGGCUUUUUAGUAGCUGAAAUUUUAUUUUUGUAAUAAUCCAGCCACUGACAGUGUGACUGGCUGGAAUUGCUCAAUGGGUGAUUUGGCUCUUGCAUGUCUUCUGCCUCAUGUAAGGAUGGGAGGAGAAACAGUGACACUAAACAGAAACUUGGAUAAGGUGAGUUUCCUUGUGGUUCUCUCUCCUCCUGCCCCAUGUAACUAGAGUGAGCAACUGCAAGACCCCUAACUGUCCAAAACCACUUCUUUUCUCCCUUGUUUCUUUUAAGUGGAGCUAUGUUGUUUGAGUACUGAGAAACCAUCUUCAUUUCCUCAGAGUGGCUGAGUAACCAGCCUUCUAGUUGGUGCAGUGUGGCAGCUUCUUCAGCUUAGCUGCAUUCUUCAUUGGAAGAGAUUGCCUGCAGCUGAUGGGAGAACCCCAGCUCCAGUCUGGAACACUAUUUCUGUGCCACUGCUGGAGCAAGGAGCCAAAUUCAGAGCAGAACUUACUAUAAGGCCAGAGCAAAGCAAUGCUUUGAACUUUAUGGGAAUUUUUGUUGAGAGCUGUGUUGGUGGGAGCACUUCUAAAACUCCAGAUAAGAGCUUCGUUGAAGGAAAAUUACCCACCAGAACCUUUUUAUUUUACUCAACUGAUUCAACUUCUUAGCAACCUCACAUGGAAAUUGCUUUGUCCGUGCAAAGUAAGAUGCACAAACAUUUAAGAAAGGUUCCAAGAUGAAACAUUUUGUAACAGGACUUCAGUUACAUGGGCUGUAACAAAUACCUGAUACCCAUCCACGGGCCACCUUGUUUUACAGGUGGAAAGGGUCGCAGAAGGGUGCAGGAACACAAGGAAUUAAUGGAUCAACUGCCUGUCACCUUUGCUCAGGAAAUUGGUUUGCCACUUUGUAGGAAGUAGCUCAUAGACAGGUGGUUGUCAGCUUUAGUCUCUAAAGUGACACAGUCUGGGCUGCAGAGCAGCAGAGAUGAGGCAAGGGGCUGGUUCACGCCGUAUGAAUAGAGAAUAGUUGAGGUUAAACUUCAUCUAGCCAGCACUCCUGCUGUGCUCUUCUGCUAACAAGCUGUGGAGCUGGCAGGGAGCACUGCCAUUCUUGUUAAUCCCACCCAGGAGGUCAGGGCUUGUACUUGUGCUCCUUUAUUGAUGGAGUUCCUAACGUGGCUACAGCUCUCACAUCUCAUAAGGCAAAAUGUCACUGUGGCACGUUUUCUUCUCUUCAGAAAGCUGGGAAAUUGCCUAUAUAAGCUGCUAGUGUUGAGCUGGAUGGCCACAGCAGUAAGAGAUUCUCCAGGGCUGAGUUACCUGCCUCUUCUCUAGACAGUCCUCACUUUCAAAACACAGUUGCUACAUCUAGGCUCUGAGUUCCCUGACCAUUGCACAAAUGCUCUGCUUCACUAAAGACUUAGCUGCUUCUAUGGCCUGCCACAGAUUGUGUUAUGAAGGCUGUUUAUUUUAGCAGCUCUCUGCUCAGCUCAAUAUUAAGGACAGUAUCUGUGUAGCUGCUGAUUUACAGAUACUUUGGGUGGAGGGGAAGGUUCCUCAAGUGUAUUGUUUUGGAAAGUCUCCGGUGUACUUCAAGUAUUCAAAGAAUUUCCAAUAAAACUUUUGUGUAAGCAACA